AUGCCGGUCUCCAUGAGCGCCGGCGUCGCGACGCCGGAGCUCAGCGAAGAGAAGCUCGCGGCCGCGCGCAAGUGGCUCGAGGAGAAUCGACACCACCUGGACCUGUACAACGACCCCGCGCUGCUGGGACCGAGCGCGAAUUCGAAUGCGAACGACGACGACGUCGCCGCGACGGCGAAGCGCGCGAAGAACGGCGAGAGUUACGACGACGUCUCCGACGACGACGACGAGGAGGAGGACGACGACGAGGAGAAAGCGACGGAGCGCAUGAGGAAGGCGUUUCACGAGCGCACGCUGCGGGUGCGCGGCGACGCGCGACGCGAUUCCAACUCCCGAACAAAAAACGUCCCUUCGUUUCGUUCGGAGAUGAUUUGA